AUGCUUCGGUUUCGAUUCCCGUCUGUUCCUACCUCCCCUCUCUCAAGCAGUCCUUGCCUCUUCCUCCUUCUCAUUCUCUCCCUCUCUCCCUCCCUCCCUCCCUCCCUCUCUCCUUCCCUCCCUCUCCCCCUCCCUCCCUCUCUUGCUCUCUCCCUCUCUUCCUCUCUCCCUCUCUUCCUCUCUCCCUCUCUCCCCCUCUUCCUCUCUCCCUCUCUUCCUCUCUCCCUCUCUUCCUCUGCUCCUCUCUCCCUCUCUCCCUCUCUUCCUCUCUCCCUCUCUUCCUCUCUUCUGCUCCACAUCCUGCUUUCUCUCCCAUACCUUAACCCUAUGCCUCCACCCCGUGGCAUGCCUCCCUCCCAUGCCUCCCUCCAUGCGAUCACCAUAACCCCACAUGCAUUUGUCAAUGCCGCCACACCCCUCCAUCUCCCAUGGCCCGCAUGUCCCCAUCGCAGCCGGCUCGGCAACAACCAGCUGUCUGGUGCUAUUCCUCCCCACAUAGGCACUCUCACGGCCCUCCGAGAGCUGUGA